GCAGGUGUUAAUUCAAUUACAGCGAUAUGGCGCCCCUACUUCGCUCCUUCUUAUCAUUCAUAUCGGCGCCUGCCUUCUUUCACCCCCUUCCAACUCUUGACCCUAGAUCCCACAACAUCCAAAUUUCUUUCGCCGUCCCACAACCAAGUUACCUUUUCCUAAAAACAUCACAGUUCAUUUUUUUCCGGUCGGCGAUUUUACUAUACUCAACACUCCCCUUGCCUUGGCAACAUCAAGACGAUUUAUUCACCUCUAUCAACAAUAUUCUCUUCAGAUAUACCUUUCUGUAUCAGUCGGCGCCAUGGGUGACCAUUCUUCGUGGGUAAGUAUAACUGAGUGUAUCCCCUCCCCCUACAAAAUCUCUGCCAUAUAAAAAUACACUUGAUUCUUCGUGUAUAUGUGAUGUGAUGCGAUGCUUUGUCUGUUAUACUCUAUCUGCUAUAUUGUGUCCGCUAUACUGUGUCGCGAUCUUGUGAACCAAACAAUCACCCAUGUGAAUUGUCUCAAACACAUGUGCUACCUAUACCACGUUGAUAUACUAUUUAUCCGUGAUAUAUACUGCCGAAGGGUGACAUAUUGACACGAGCAUUUAUACUGGAGUUAUUGUACGAC